AUGUCUAAAUUGGCAAAUUCAGUUUCAUUCUUCUCCAUGAUACUAUUAGCAUUAGCAUAUGGUUCAAAUGCUGGCAGCAUAGCAAUCUAUUGGGGUCAAAAUGGUAACGAAGGCACCCUUGCACAAACAUGCGCCACAGGAAACUAUGAGUUUGUUAUCUUAGCCUUUCUUCCAUCAUUUGGAAAUGGCCAAAAACCAAUGAUAAACCUAGCAGGACAUUGUGAUCCAUACAGCAACGCUUGCACAAAGUUAACCCCUGACAUUAAAUCUUGCCAAGCCAAAGGGAUCAAGGUGUUGCUCUCAAUCGGAGGAGGCUCCGGUAGUUACUCACUUGCAUCCUCCCAGGAUGCAAAACAAGUAGCAACUUACCUUUGGAAUAACUUCUUAGGAGGGCAGUCUCCGUCCCGUCCUCUCGGUCCCGCCGUUCUCGACGGCAUCGAUUUCGACAUCGAAGGAGGAACAAACCUUUAUUGGGAUGAUCUUGCAAAGUACCUUAAAGGAUACAGCGAAAAUGUGUACUUGACAGCAGCUCCUCAAUGCCCUUUUCCUGAUGCUUGGAUAGGAAAUGCCCUCAAAACAGGUCUUUUUGAUUGUGUUUGGGUCCAAUUCUACAAUAACCCUCCUUGUCAAUAUAGUGGAGGUGCAAUUAGCAAUCUUGAAGAUGCAUGGAAACAAUGGAUAUCUGAUAUUCCAGCCAAGAAAAUCUUCUUGGGGCUGCCUGCUUCUCCCGAGGCAGCAGGGAGUGGAUUCAUAGCUGCAACUGAUCUUACUUCUAAAGUGCUUCCAGCAAUUAAGGAUUCUUCUAAAUAUGGAGGUGUUAUGCUUUGGUCUAGAUACUAUGAUGGUCAGAGUGGAUACAGUUCUUCCAUCAAGAAUCAUGUCUAA